AUGCUUGCCCAGUCAGCCGCUAGGACCCUGCCCCAACCAUUGCAACCGCUUCUGGCGUCCGUCUCCUGCUCUGGCCCAGCAGCAGCAGCAACAACUGCUGCAGCCGGCAGUCGCCGCCAGUUCGGGAACUUCAUCCGGUCUGUACUCUGUCUCGACCCACCAGAGUCCCCAGACUACCCAACAGUGGAAAACAGGUUCCACCCGUGGGACUCGUCGCCGUGCCCGGACUUGCGGAUGCGUGCGGCCACCAUACGUGCCAAGGCAAAGUGUCCCGUCACACACAAGGACAUCAACUUCACGUGCCCGCUGUCGGGGAUCCCGACCCACCACUCGCUUGAGGCAUGGGAGGAGGACACGCAGUACCACGAGAGCAAGAAGUACGAGAUCUUGAAGAAGGUGAACAUCUACGAGCACGACUUGAGGUCCGGCCGUCCCUUCCCCGAGUUCGACUUCCCUACGAACCAGAAGCGAGACAACCUCGUCAACUUGGCCAACUGGGACACGUACUUCUACACCCGUGGCUUCCUCUCCAUGGACACGGAGUUCCAGCUCGCCGUGGUGACCAAGAUGUUGAGUUUCCCAAUGACCAUCGCCUCUGUCUUCCACCAGUUCUCCCCCUACUUCCUGAAGCCCAAGGGGCCUCUCCAUGUGGAGGGUCUCAAAUCCCUCGCAGCCCUGCGUUACUCGCUUUACCCGCAGUACAGGCUCUCCACGUACAGAGACCGUCCAAUCCGCCUGUUCCUCUUGAACGCCCGCUCGGAAUCGCUCCUACCACCGCACGUGUGGAAGGAGCUCACAUACCUCUUCCCCAGUGUGACAUUCGAGCUCCAUUUUGUCGGCCCACAGUCGUACUUCGAUAGGGAGAAGAAGCAGUACCUCGUGAGCGACCGUCCGAUCGUGAAGCGUGUUGACGACACCCUCUGCUUCGUCUACCACACCCACGACUUCAACGUCAUGCACGAGGCGGGAGACUUCUUCCCAUACGACCCAUACUUAGACAUGUUCAUUGCAUACCACCCUCAGUUCACCGAGCCUGACGUUGGAGAGAUGUGGCACAAGACCAUCAAGGGCCUUUUGGAGUCCAAGUGUCCUGUUUUCGUCACCGGCUUCCACGAGCAGAACUUGAGCAAGAACUUCGACUACCUGGUCGAGAACUUCAGCGACGACAUGGACGUCAUCUUCGACAACGAGAAGAACCUUUUCGGCUCAACCAAGUGGGAGCUCAACGACCUGAACCCCCAGGAGGUGUUCCAGUACAACCAACGUUUGUUCGGUAUCAGAGGUAAGAGAUAUCAUGCUGUCCAUAAGAAUUAG